UACCCAUCAAUACCUAAUUAUUAAUUUUCGGUUUUAUUAAUUAAUUAUAAAAACACUAACUAAUUUUUGAUUGGUCCAAACUUUGAAAUCUCCCCCAUACUUGGCGCUAUAUAUAUCACGCUCCACUAAUUUUUUUGUCUCAUAAAGCCCUUCGUAAUGGUGUUUGGGGCUUUAUAGAGGCUUUAUGUGGGUGCAUAACGCCCCACUACACAUGACCUUAGUAUUUGAAACAUAUUUAAACCAUGUAAGACUAGUCAGUUACAUAUAUAGACUCCACUCCACUCCAGAUCCACCACCUGGUUCACCUCCUAUAAUCAAUGGCCCAUCACUUUCUACUCUUCAUCAACUUCUUCUUCUUCCUCCUCAUCUCAUUCUCCACCUCUGAUGACGCCUCCUUCAUGUCAAAGCUUUCCACCUCUAUUUCCCCUACUCCAUCCACCUGGAGAACCGAUGAUUUCUGUGUUUGGGAAGGAAUUAAAUGCGACAACACCAGACAUGUUAUUGCCAUAAAUCUAGUAUCUAAAUCGCUCAGCGGGACUCUCCCGUCCAACCUCAACAGCCUUUCGCAACUCAAAACCCUGUCUCUUCAAAGAAACUCACUCUCGGGCGACUUACCUACUUUAGCUAACCUCGCUUUCCUCACAGAAGUGUACCUUGAUGCCAACAAUUUCACUUCUAUUCCUUCUAAUUUUUUUCUGGGUCUCACCAAUCUCCAGACCUUUAGCAUUUCUGAUAAUCUAAAUCUGUCGCCAUGGAGUCUCCCUAACGACCUAAGUCAAAGCACCAAUUUACAGUCAUUUCAAGCUAGCAAUGCUAACGUUAACGGUUUCAUUCCAGACAUAUUUGAUAGUUUCCCUAGUUUUCAGAGCCUCCGUUUGUCUUACAAUAAUCUUACUGGAACACUACCUGCAACUUUUGAUGGAUCGGGAAUUCAAAAUCUCUGGCUUGACAAUCAACUUCAAGGUCUUUCUGGUACGCUUGAUGUAAUUUCUUCCAUGACUCAACUUUAUCAAGUUUGGUUACAAGCUAAUGCGUUCACCGGUGCUAUACCGGACCUAUCAAAAUGCAUAAAUCUAUUUGAUUUGCAACUUAGCGAUAAUCAAUUAACAGGUGUAGUUCCUAGUUCUUUGAUAUCUCUCCCUACAUUAGCCAAUGUUACCUUACAAAGGAAUAAGUUACAAGGUCCAUUGCCGGUAUUUCAAAAUGGUGUAAGAGAUACCUUGGGAUUAAGUACUAACAGAUUUUGUCUGGCUACGCCCGGAAAUUGUGACCCACAAGUGACGGCCCUCCUUGAGGUUGCUGAAGCUCUUGGGUAUCCAAUGUUAUUGGCAGAAUCUUGGGAAGGUAAUAAUGCAUGUGCCAAUUGGAACUUUGUUUCUUGUGAUUCUUCGGGAAAGAAUGUGACUGCAAUAAGCUUUUCAAAUGUGAAAUUUUCGGGUACUAUUUCACCUUCCUUUGCGAAUUUGACUUCAUUAAGGAGUUUAUCAUUGAAAGAUAAUAAUCUCAUAGGGUCUAUUCCUGAGAUUUUGACAUCUUUGCCGGAUCUUCAACUUCUUGAUGUGUCAAACAAUAAUCUUUCGGGGAUUGUACCUGAAUUCCCACAAAAAGUGAGGGUUGUACUUGAUAACAAUCUUUUACUUGGUGAAGACAUUCAUAAUGGAAGUAUAAAGCCACCCGAUUCUACACCAAAUUCUAGCGCUUCAGGUGGUAGCCCAACUCAACAUUCACAACGGAAGCUUGUUUCCGCUGGUAUGAUUGUUGGUAUCGUGAUUAGCAUUCUUGUUUUUAUAUGGAUUGUAUCAUACAUAUGUUACUACAAGUUUUAUAAAGUUCCUACCAAAUUACAUAGUCAAGUUAGUAGGAAUCAUAACCACACGCCUAGUUACGAAAAUGGUAGUCUAAUGAUUUCCAUUCAAGUGCUCGACCAAGUGACCGAUAAUUUCAGUGACAACAAUGUGUUGGGGAGAGGUGGAUUUGGAGUUGUUUAUAAAGGCCAGUAUGACGAUGGAAGUAUGAUUGCAGUCAAGAGAAUGAAAUUGGGAACAAAAGGGAUAAAAGAGUUCCAAGCGGAAAUUGGAGUUUUAACAAAAGUUAGGCAUAGACAUCUUGUGGCUUUUCUUGGUUACUGUAUUAACGGUAACGAGAGGCUUUUGGUAUAUGAAUACAUGGAACAAGGAACUUUAAGUCAACAUUUGUUUGAAUGGAGAAAACAUAAAACCCCUCCUCUUAGUUGGAGACAAAGGGUUUCCAUUGCUUUAGAUGUAGGAAGAGGGGUGGAGUAUUUGCAUAGUUUGGCACAACAACGCUUCAUUCAUCGAGACCUAAAGCCGGCUAACAUCCUUCUUGAUGGUGACAUGAGAGCAAAGGUAGCGGAUUUUGGUUUGGUUAAGAUUGUGCUUGAUGGGAAGCACUCAGUUGAUACGCGAUUGGCGGGGACUUUCGGUUAUCUGCCACCAGAGUAUGCCAGGAACGGGAGGGUGACAAGAAAGGUGGAUGUUUAUGCAUAUGGGGUAGUUUUAAUGGAGUUGGUUACGGGCCGAAAAGCAGUAGAUGAAACUAUGUCAGAUGAGAGUUGUCAUUUGGCUACAUGGUUUAGAAGGGUCCCUCUCCUCUCCAAGGAAAAUAUGGUAAAUUGUAUAGACCAAGUUCUUAAUAUUGAUGAUGAAGUAACUCUUGAAAGCAUAGUCAAGGUGGCUGAGCUGGCAGUCCAUUGCACUGCGUGUGACCCGUUUCAGAGACCUGACAUGAGUUAUGUGGUUAACGUGUUGGGUCCUCUUGUAGAGCGAUGGGAACCCUCUCAACAGGAAGAAGUACAAACUUACCAUGGUCACCAUACGAGCCUUCCUCGCGUUCUUCAAGCAAAUGAGGAUACCUCAAGUAUGUCGUCGUUCAAUGACUUUCAGGCAAACUCAGUGUAGCAUUCAUACUUUUUAAAAUUUUUAGAAACAUAGUAAUAAAAAAUUCAGCUCUUGUCAACUUCUAAAAAAAAUGACCUGACCCGACCCGAAACCUGUUCUGACCCGGACCCGUUCCGACCCGAACCUGUUCCGACCCGGACCCGUUUCGACCCGAACCAAAACAACCCUUUUUUUAUAAUUGACCCGUUUUGACCCAUGACCCGACUCGACCCAACCCGACCCGUUUGCCAGGUCUUAUACUAAUUAACUCCUCAUACAAGUAUUUUAUUUCA